CAUCACGACUAUCCUACCCACCCCGUAACUUUGACAGCAACAAUAAAUGUCAACAGUAAAAAAGUUUGGAAAAUCGCAUCGCAUCGAGCAGAAAGUAAUUAGAAAUUUGAUAGUGUUUUAGUUAUAAUUUUUUGUUACCACUAUUAACCGUGCCCGUACAAGCGUGAACGGAACCGUACGCAAGUGGAGGUUGGUACUAACGUGCAGUAAAUGCGUCUCGAAACGAAGCGCGCCCAUCGCUGGCCAUUUUCGUGUUGGAAGUGUGGAUGUUCCAGUUUUCUUGUUGAGCUGAGGUGAUUGAAGAAAGCGCAGUUUUUUUUCGUGUUUCGCUGGCAGUGCGAUUGGUAUGCAGCGGCUAUCCGAAUUGUGUGCAAAACGUUUAUUGUAAAUCAAUUAUGGUUUAAUUGAAAGCAUCAAGAAAUAGCAUCAUCGUCGCCGUACAAAUAGUGGUGCAGCUUGUUGUCAAGAUUGAUUGCGUUACGCUUCCCAAACGCAUUAGAAAAGAGAACGAGUACGGGUAGGAGAGCGAAGAAGAAAGAGAGCGUAUAUACGCGAUGCGAAGAAGGAUCGUGUGUGUGAGUGUAGUGGUGGUGGUUCGGAGUGCACACACAGCGCAAUGUUUAUAUCGUCAUCUCGCUCGGGCCGAUUUCCAAACCGAUGAAAGCUAGAGAGAGAGUCAAGCAGAAAAGAACGCGUAAAGCGUGUGUGUGUGGGGUAAAUAAGCCUAGAGAGUUAGAAAUUAUUAGGACACAAGUUGAACGAGCCACACUACACAGUUGGUGGAGCGAGUGGUUAAAAAAUUGGUGGUCAAAUUAAAUCGACUUUAAAUGCGAGCAAUCCCCACCGCAAAUUGAACGUGGCAGUGCCGAAGGUGCGAAUGAAUGUGGGGAGCAUUUUCCGUCAAAUGGGUAGUGGUGGAAGAAUUUUCCGAAACAAGUGAAAGUUGAACACCCCGUGCUGCAACUCGUUGCCGGAAGCUGUUGAUUCUUUCCGGAUGUUCCGGAAUCCUUGUGCGCUGAUUUUUGGCAGCAAAUCAGUAGUGCGUAGUAAGCAAAAUGUAGUGAACCGUAGCCUAACAAUGCUUACUGAAGUGUCCACGACAUCGUAGAACUUUUCCUGAUCUUCAAGGAUCGACUUAGCGCUUAGAGAAUUCGCCGAAAAGAUACAACCAAUCCAAGGAAGGAAUAUACUCAUCAUCGAAUUGGUUUCAUUUGUGAGCCUUUAUUUACAGCGGGGAGAUAAGGAUGUUUCGCGUUGAACGUUGGACAAGCCGGAAAAUGUAGCCAUACACUAAAGCUGAGUGUAACCUGUGAAUCGUUUAAUGGCCGUAAAACUAUUAACACGCACAACACGUGAUAAGAAGAGACGAAAGUGAAAGGGAAAGUGAUACAAAAAAAAUUCUAUAUACUAAACUACACGACGUUCCGUGUAAUUCUUGUUAUUUCUGUUUCUUAUCAUUUGGCUUGUAAACAUUGUGUCGAGGGCUUGGGUGUGUUGUUUCUCCCAUACAUACGGGGACGUUUGUGACUUGUAGUAAUAUAAUUCCCUAUGGAAAGACUGCAUACGGAAACCACGUAAGCAUAGACAUGGUCUAGUCGAGAUUUGAACCCAGAAACCCCAAGGCGGGUGUAUCGCGCGUGUUCGAGUGUAUUAUUGGACCGUGUUUGAAGCCUGUGGAGACAAAUAACAAACAAAACAAGAUGUACUGCUGCGGGCAGCAACCGAAAUAGUGGUGAUUUUAGUGUGCAGAAUUAAAGUGUUAGAUUCCACUCAUUAGUCAUUUAACAGACACUGUGCAAUAAUCGAAAGUGGUAUAAGAAGGUCAAAUUCGUUUUUUUUUACCUUGUUGUUUUUUAAUUAAACAAAUUAUCAUGGAAACGCUGGCGGAAACGAGUCUUCCGGCAGGAUUGAGGCGCACGGAACCUUCCUCCCUUAUUCCCACCUCGCCAGACGGGGAACAAUCCCCACAAAACAGUAAUCCUGGCUCGGUACUGGCCAAUAUCAUCGGUACCAGCCCGGGCGGUAGUAGCAGCGCGCACAAUCUGCUCGAAGAUCACUCACAAUCAUCGCAGGAAGAUAGUGGCAGUGUGGUCAGUCCAGUUCCGCAUCCCGAGCCGGAAGAAACGAUCGAAAACAUUGAGAAGGAGCUAAGCGAAUCGUGCGUCGAUACAGACUCACAGCCACCAUUGGAGCUUGGUCAUAGGAAACGGACCACCGCAACGGUAUCACCGCGUAAUGCGCAACAAGGAGCAGCAGCAUCAACGUCCUCCCCGACUACAUCAGCAACCGGCGGGAAAGGAAACGAUGCCAACGGGCAGUCGGCUGUUGCAGCGGGAAUGGCGACGGCUACGGGUACCACAUCAUCAUCAACAUCAGUGUCAAACGGUAGAAGCUUACCGAAGGUGACACCGAGUGGUGGUAAACCGAUGGCCAUGCGUAACUUUGACCGCAAGAUGAACAAGGCACGGGGGCGACCGAAACGCAAAGCAAUGGUAGCCUUGUAUCAAAGUGAGAUAAGUGAAAAUAAAAUCGGCAUUAAGCUGUGUAUAAAGAAAGCAUCUGAUGCAACAGUACAACCAAAGAAACCGAUCCGCAAGCGUGCCCGUAAACCCAAGAGCCUUAACGAGGAUAGCUCGGACGAGACGUCACCGGAGAAGCGAAACCGGCGGAGCGAAAAGCCGCGAAAAACGAACAACAACACUGAGAAGCGAAGUGCUGAGGAGGAGUAUAAGCCACCGGAAGAUCAAAGUGUUUGGGCGAACGAAAUACCCGAUCCGGUGUUGUAUACGAUCUUCAAAAAUGUCGUCCAGGAUGAGGGAAGCCUGCCAACGCUGAUACGCCUGUCGAGGGUUUGCUCGAGCUGGUACAAAAUGUCACAGAGAGCAUCACUAUGGCGUACCGUCGAUCUUGGCACGUGGGCGAAAGAUCGGUUUAAAACGGAACCGAAGCUAAAAUGGCUUAUCGAGAACCGUCUUAAGCAAGCGACAGAAGUGGGAUUGGCAAACUGGAAGGUAACGAACGUGCAAUGCGUGCUGGAUAAGUUACUCGAGGCAGCGCCCGGGCUGAUCAGCAUAACGCUCACCGGUUGGAAAGCGUUAUCUGCCGAUCAUUUGUUCUUUCUAGUGCAAAACUUCAAAAAUCUAGAAAGUCUCGAUCUCAGCUCUAUCAAUGCUGAAGUUAACGCCAAUAAAACGGCUGUUGGCCAAACGUCCUUGUGCAAUGCCAUUACGGAAAUGGGAAGCAGGCUUACCCAUCUUCAUUUGGCCCACAAUCGGCUCGGUGGUAUCCCGCAAAUUGUGAAAGCCCUCUCGACUCACUGUCCGAAUCUGGUGCUGCUGGAUCUGUCCAACGUGAACACGGUUGCCAUAUCGCACGGUAUACUGCAUAUCGAGCAGCUUCAGCACGGUUGCCAGAAGCUGAAAGUACUCCGGAUAACGAAUUCACACAUCAACCUUAGCACAGCAUCGUUACAGGAGCAGAUGGAAUCACCCGGUUUCCCCGAACUAGAAGAGCUUUCCGUUGCCUCGCUCGCGGAUGAAGCGCGUCUAUUUAAUGACGAGUUUCUGCAGCGCAUCCUUAAAACCAGUACAAAGCUGACGCUACUAGACGUCCGUGGUUGCGCCCGCCUUACGCACGACAGCCUCAUCCGGUUGCCAACCUGGGAUUUGAAGCAUCUCUUCCUAUCCGGAUGUUCGAUCAAUCGCGACAUGGGCGCUGGCCUGGAGCUGAUUGCGUCGAAAUGGGCGCACAGUUUAAUUGAGUUCGAUCUGGCGUGGGCAAGCGCCACCAAACCGCUGGACGAUGCAUUGAAAGCCCUUGCGGACAAGGGUUCCGAAUCGCCAUUGAAGUACCUCAACUUAUGCGGAUCAUCGGUUUCAUUGGAAGCGGUAAAGGAGGUGCUUGCAAACUGUCCACACAUUAACGCCAUCAAUCUCGCCUCUUGUCGCGGACUGCCGCGCGGUGUCAAGCGGUUACUGCAGGGCGCACAGGAAAUAGCGGAACUGCGAGAAAACCUGGGCGUUACGCUGAAGGGUGUACCUUCACAAUCUUCCUCCUCUCCAAGAGAUACCUAAGCGUCCUUUCUCUCGCUCCUCCCCACCACCCCCAUGUGAGUGCCCUUUUCUGCAUGUGAUGGUAAGCGACACGUUAAUUAAGGAGAGUCCCCGGAUGAUGGUGAAUUGUAUUUGCACAUAUUAUCUACUCGUAAGACAAUUGUGUGAUAAGCAAAUGGCAAGUGAAGUUCCGAUUUGCAAUCAACCACAACCACCAGUGUGUAUGUGUGUGUGUGUGUGUGUGUGUUGCGGAUGGACACAUUAACCAAACUCCCAGUUCGUGGCAUUAGGAGUGAGUGGCAGCAUCAGCAGUAACAGUAAUGGGUACUAGCAGUAGGAGUAGCAGUAAUAUUAACAGUAAUAGUACCACAUUUUCUCCCCGGUUGUCUUUCGUUUUCUAGCAGGCGACCUCAUUGUUGGCAUUUUUUGUAACAUAAACGUGUGCACCAUUUGUUUGUAAUUUGUUUUUGAUCGGCAAAUCGUAGCCACACUAGAGAAUGGCGUAAAGUGCGCCAUUUUUAUUUGCACUAGUUGCUUCUCGUUAUCGGAUUUCCAUAUCUGUGUUGGGUGGUAAAAGGAGAGCGAAGCAUUUAUGAUAUCAACAACAACAAACAAAUGUUUCCCGAAACUGGCUGCAAAGACAAAACCAUAUUAAACUCUGCUACCUUUAAUUGCACGCGUCUUGCUCCCGCGUAGAUGCAUAUCAUCUAGCGUGUAUGUGGGCUGUGCAAUGUCCUAACGGCUUCUUCGACAGAUGUACCUUUUUAUGUUUUGUGUGUGUGUGUGUGUAACGCAGUACCUUUUUCCGGGCCAUUUUCUUUUCGUAAAACCCACUUAAUAUCAUACAAAAUUUGUACGCUCAAAAACGAUCUCAACCGACGUUUCAAUUCAUCAUUUGUUUUUUUUUUUUUAUUUUCUAUUGUGUUAUAGAUUGCGAUCUGUGUUAAAAAUUGGCUUUUAUAAACAGACAGGAACAAAACGAUUCUAAACAAAAGUGCGUAGAAAAUCUAACAAAAAUCAGUGUAGUUAUUAAAAUUUGGGUACGAUAUCAGAGCGCUAGCAGGAAUCCUAGUUGGUUUUGUAUUAGGUUCGUACCUAAUCAUCAAGAGCACAUUUUAACGUUCGCAUUAGGACAUACAACUCGCAACUCGACAAACAAAAGUCCUCUCAGCCCGACGUUGUAUGGUGAUCCAAUCCUUCACGAAGUGGUUCCCAUCGGUUUGUACCUUCUUUUGCACGCUUUCCCAAUGAUCUCUUAUCAUAAUUCCAACCCCGCACUGUGCCUCAACAAUACUUUUAAGAAUCUCUUUACAAACUUUUUCAAAAUUAUUUGCCUUUAAGUUAAUGUGUGUUUGUGUUCGAAAUUAAUCGUUUUAAUAUUAUUUGUUCUGUUAUCUGUUUAUUCGCUAAAGGGUUUUAAUUGUAUCUUAAUUUAAAUCGUGCACUGCUACAUGCAAUAGCUACCUGUUACGUGUCUGUACCUAACCAUUCCUGAUCAACGUUCAACUGGUGCCAACGUGGUGCAUUAUUUUAAAAUUCUCUUUAACAUGCGAUUGUUUAAAACAUGUUCAAAUUUCUCAUGCUUCGUGAAGGAUGGAAUCAUGUAUGCGACAGAAGAAAACUAGACGUUAAGUGACACAAUAUUGCAAUAUACUUUGCCCUGUGAAACGUAGUAAUGCCCACAAAGAAAUGAGUAGUUUUCUUUAGGCUUGCUUAUUUCGGUUAACAAAUUUACUAGCGUGCGAAGAAAGUUUUUAAAUAUUUUUUUUUGUGCAAACAAUAGUACGAAGAACGGCUUACAAUCGAUGAUAGAGAAGUAGAGUAAAAAAUGCACCACAUUCAAGCUGAUUGGUCAAAAUGAAGAGCUGCUCUUUAAGAUUGUUUUGAAAUAGGUCUGCUUCAACAAAAGUUUUAAUAAAUCCAACUAAAACACAGCAUUAAAAAGAUAGUAAAAACGAAUAAAUUUUAUAUUUAUAAAAGCACUGCAAUAUAGCCAAACACAGCUUAAAGCCUGUAUAAAAACCAACCAACAGCAACAAACUCUACUCAUGACUUUACACUUUCAUGCUGUACUACUAUUAGUACAAUUAUGAACAACUCGCUGUCAAGAGAUAAGCAAAUUUACUACCAGAAGUGCUGCAAUCAAAUGUUUGGUACGAUCAGCUUAAAUGUGGAACAUUCUUUAGACAACAUAACAGGUAGAAAAUUGUUAUUACAAAGCGAUUGUAGUAUUCAUCUUCAAAGUGAGCCCAAAAUGAUCAAAAGAUUUUGUGCGACCAAUAGAAAAGAAAAGCGAUAAAAGCAUAAAAGCUAAAGAAAAUCUUUAAACAAAUGGCAGAGAGCAAUAGAGGAUAAGCAAAAAGGUUUACUUUCUUUCCGCGAAAGUGUGAAACAGAUAAAUUUCUAACACAAGUGCAAAUCACAAAACGAAAACAUAAGACGCAUGCGACGAGGAAGACGAGUGAAACAAAAAACGGAACACCCGUUUUCGAAACAAAAUGUGAAGGAAGAAUCGAGGCGAGCGUGUAUUUUCGUACCGGAAACCCACCACGAUUCAACGCCGUACCCCCUGUAAUGUGCGAUAUAAAAUGACAAAAAUACGUAGAAAACAAACAAAAACCCAAGUGUAGAGUGUAGCUAAAACUUUUCGCGUCCCCUCAUUUCCCGUGUCCCCUCAAACUGCAAACCUUCACCUCCAUUCCCAUUUUUUCCGACCGGAGACAACGUUUUUUACAAAGCAAGGUUCGCGCUCCGCUGUCGUUAACGUUGUAAUUUAUUUUGUUGGCUACGCAUAGGUGGCAAUAUACUAACUACUAAGUAUCAUCAAUAAGUGCUUAAAAGCUAAGCGAAAUGAACGAGAUAAGAAAGAAAGGUAAAAAAAAAACACAACAAAAAAAAACAAAACAAACAAACAGAAAUAAUGAAGGAUCAAACUUUUCUUUGUUAGUAGUGUGUUUCUUGUUGCAGCAAAGUGAAGAAUAAAACAAACGAAACAUAAGAAAAUAAAAAAAUACAAUCGGCAAGAUGUUGGCGAAAGACACACGUUCACACACACACUGAAACUUGGUUUGGCAAGUACUUGAAGUAAACAAGGGUGUCAACAGCAGGAAAAAAAGGCACUAUUAAAUAGAAAUGAUAGAACAAAAGAAGAAAAAAACAUGUGCUUCAGAAUAUAUGAAAGGUGUAUGGAAAAACCACAUGUGUUAAAGAAAGAAUGUAAGUGAAGUUGCAACAGUCAGUCAGACAAAACAGAAGCAAACAUUAAUAAGCAGCGUGAGGAAAAGAAUUAUUUUAUAGCAGCCAUUUUGUCCCUCUGAUGGGCAAGGGCAGAAAGGAAAGCCAAGGCAAAACCAACAAAUGUAAGCAAACAAACAAUUCCCCACUUGUAAAGUGAGUGCGCGUGUGAGUGUGUGUGUGUGUGAGAGAGAGAGAGAGUUAAAUGCACUUCGAAUAGAAACAAAAUGCGUCACAAGUGCAACAGGAAAGAGUUACAAUGAGUAAAAAAAAUGAUUGCGAGAAAAUUAUAUUAUUAUUAUUAUUAUUAUGAUAAUUAUUAGUAUAGUUUCGUUUAGACUUAUUGGAAAAAAUAUAUUAUUGAAUAAAUGUGUUUUAUACAAAGCGAACCCACGAAUGAACCGAA